AUAGUCUGAGCCCAAAUAAAUCUGCAGGGCUGGAUCUUCCAUUUACCCAGAUGCUUCAAAAAGAGUUAGAGGCUAUACAAAAAAUGCUAAAACUUGGAAGAUGGAUAGUACACAAUGAAUAGUUGUCACAUUCAACGAAUUUGGAAAGCCUGUUGGGGACGAAGGUAAUGAACUUCUUCAAUUCCUUGGGAUGUUUGCGAGGAUGCCUGAUCAUGUAUCCAUAGAGUAUUCUGACUGGAGAAAUGUUCCUAUACAAAAUAAAGAGGACAUGUAUUCACUCCUUAAGUCUAAAUUUGUUAUUCAUCCAAAUGAAACAGACGGGAUUUAAAAAUGGAUCUUCUCUAACAUGGGAAACAAUGGAGAGGGUGGAAAGAAAACAUGUGAUGUUAGAAGAAUGAGUCGCUCAAAGACAAAGGAGCCUCAUGUUAGUGGGUCGAAGUCAUUUGCCAGACUUGCUCAUGAAAUGGCGACAAAGAAUAAUGGUGUAUAUCCAUCACAAGCAGAAAUGUAUAUUACAACUCGCACUCGUAAAAAUGGAAGUAUUGUUAAUGAUAACGCUGCUCAUGUUGUGGCUUCGUUAAAAGAUAUUGCAAAUGACUCUACAAUCACACACGGCGAUCCAAAUGAUUUUACAAAUGACGACUACUCAAAAGUUAAAGGCCCGAAGAAAAGAGAAUAUGUUCGAUCAGUUGGAAUGCCAGCCGCAAAAUGUAAUGGUGUUUCUUCGAUAGAUUCACAAACUAAUGAUCAACUAAAGAGUGUUAUCCAAACUAAUGAUCAACUAAAGAGUGUUGUUAAUGCUAUGGAUAUCAUCAUCCUAGAACAUUUCCCCAGUGCAAACUUGUCUUCGGUUCUUGGCAAUAUGAACGUCCAAGUCCCUGGUAUUGGUUCAUUGGUCCAUAACAACUCUAUACCAGGACUACCUCUGCAUCGACAGGUGGAAUUCCAGAUCGAACUUACGCCAGGAGCAGCUCCGAUUGCUUGUACUCCUUAUCGUCUUGCACCAGGAGAGUUGCAAGAACUCUCUAAUCAACUUGAAGAACUGUUGGAUUGAGGUUUUAUUUGACCUAGUUCUUCGCCGUGGAGAGCCCCAAUCCUAUUUGUGAAGAAGAAAGACAGGUCUUUCCGCAUGUGUAUCGACUACCGUGAACUCA